AUGACGCGCUCAGAAAGCAGGAAGAAGACGAACCAACCAAGCACCAACCAAGCACCAACCAAGAACCAACCAAGCACCAACCAAGCACCAACCAAGAACCAACCAAGAACCAACCAAGCACCAACCAAGCACCAACCAAGAACCAACCAAGCACCAACCAAGCACCAACCAAGAACCAACCAAGCACCAACCAAGAACCAACCAAGCACCAACCAAGCACCAACCAAGAACCAACCAAGCACCAACCAAGCACCAACCAAGAACCAACCAAGCACCAACCAAGCACCAACCAAGAACCAACCAAGAACCAACCAAGCACCAACCAAGCACCAACCAAGAACCAACCAAGCACCAACCAAGCACCAACCAAGAACCAACCAAGCACCAACCAAGCACCAACCAAGAACCAACCAAGCACCAACCAAGCACCAACCAAGAACCAACCAAGAACCAACCAAGCACCAACCAAGCACCAACCAAGAACCAACCAAGCACCAACCAAGCACCAACCAAGAACCAACCAAGCACCAACCAAGAACCAACCAAGCACCAACCAAGCACCAACCAAGAACCAACCAAGCACCAACCAAGAACCAACCAAGAACCAACCAAGAACCAACCAAACACCAACCAAGAACCAACCAAGCACCAACCAAGCACCAACCAAGCACCAACCAAGAACCAACCAAGAACCAACCAAGCACCAACCAAGAACCAACCAAGCACCAACCAAGCACCAACCAAGAACCAACCAAGCACCAACCAAGCACCAACCAAGAACCAACCAAGAACCAACCAAGCACCAACCAAGCACCAACCAAGAACCAACCAAGCACCAACCAAGCACCAACCAAGCACCAACCAAGAACCAACCAAGCACCAACCAAGCACCAACCAAGAACCAACCAAGAACCAACCAAGAACCAACCAAACACCAACCAAGAACCAACCAAGCACCAACCAAGCACCAACCAAGAACCAACCAAGCACCAAGCAAGAACCAAGCAACCAAGCAAGCAAGAAGGCAACAAAGACGUAAGCAUCGAGACAGGGGAUGCUGAGAGCUUCACAAGAACCUCGAAGGUAGAACAAAGAGGGAAAGCUUUAGUGAGUGACGCGCCAGCUUAG